GGCCGCCGCCCCCACCACCGCACGCGGCGCUUCCUCUACUCGCGGCGCUACACCAUCGAGGUCAUGGUUGUGAUCGACGGCAAGAUGGCGCGCUACCAUGGGAAGCAUGUCGACCAGUAUGUGCUCACGCUCAUGUCCGUGGUGGCCCUCAUCUUCCGCGACGCCAGCAUCGGCAACCGCAUCGACAUCGCCGUGGUGGAGGUCCUGCGUCCCGAGCGGCAGUCCUUCGUGCCCAAGCGCUCCUACGAGAACAACGCCGAGGCCAUGGGCAAGUCGGCCGAGGAGAUGCUCAAGAUGUUCUGCAAGUGGCAGAAGCAGGGGCUCAAGUACAACACCAACCACCCGAGGCGAUACGACACGGCGCUCCUGCUCACGAGGGAGAACAUCUGCCGCAACCCGUGGACCAAGAGCUGCGACACGCUGGGCCUGGCGGAGCUCGGGACCAUGUGUUCCAAGCACUCGUCCUGCUCCAUCGUGCAGGACAACGGGCUCUCGGCGGCCUUCACCAUCGCGCACGAGCUGGGACACCUCCUCAACAUGCCGCAUGACAACGACGACAAGUGCAAGCUGAUCCGCGGCUCCAAAGACGACAGCCACCGCAUGAACGUCAUGAGCCGCAUGCUGGACCACAACACGCUGCCGUGGGUCUGGUCCAACUGCUCCAGGCACAUCCUCACCGAGUACCUCAACGGCGGCCACGGGCGGUGCCUGGAGGAGGAGGCGUGGACCAACAAGCUCGUGGAGGAGAAGACGGAGCUGACACUGGCCGGCGAGCUCUUCAACGCCAGCAAGCAGUGUCAGUACGUCUUCGGGAAGUCAGCCAAGAUUUGCCCCCACAUGGUCAGUGGCCUCGAGCCCCCGUGCAAGCGCCUGUGGUGCACGACGGCGAUGGACGAGAAGGAGGGCUGCCGCACGCAGCACAUGCCGUGGGCGGACGGCACCGUGUGCGAGGUGGGCAAGUGGUGCCUGCGGGGCAAGUGCGUCGACAAGAACAAGGGCGCCAUGAAGAAGGUGGACGGGCAGUGGGGCGACUGGCUGCCGUGGAGCGCCUGCUCGCGAACGUGCGGCGUGGGCGUGCGGCGGUCGGAGCGCGGCUGCGACUACCCGAAGCCCCAGUACGGCGGCCGCUACUGCACGGGCGAGCGCGUGAGGUACGAGUCCUGCAUCAUGAGGCCGUGCUCUUCCGGCGCCAUCGACUUCCGCACGCAGCAGUGCCAGGCGUAUAACAAGAAGAACUUCGGUCUGCCCGACAUUCCCGAAGAUGUGAAGUGGAUUCCCAAAUAUGCCAGCAUCCGACGCGAGGACAGCUGCAAGCUCUUCUGCCAGGUGUACAACAACAGCCGCACGUACUUCCAGCUGCGGGAGAAGGUGGAGGACGGGACGCCGUGCGGGCCGGACACCUACGACAUCUGCGUGAACGGCGAGUGCCGCGUCGCCGGCUGCGACUACGUGCUCAACUCCACGGCCAAAGCGGACAGCUGCGGCGUGUGCAACGGCGACAACUCCACGUGCAAGGUCACCUCGGGGUCAAUCGUCAAGAGUCGCAGCUACGGCUACACCGACAUCGUGGUCGUGCCCGAAGGCGCCGCCAUGGUCGACGUCACGCAGGGGUCGUCCGACGAGCAGGCGGCGGAUGACAAUUACCUGGCGCUUAUGGACGUGGAAACCGGCGAGUACCUCCUGAACGGCCACUGGAUCGUGACGCCGUUCCAGAAGCUGGUGGAGUUCGGCGGCACCUUGAUCGAGUACACGGGCUCCAACGCCGGCACGGAGAGGAUCAACUCCACCAAGCCUUUGCAGAAGAGGCUGCUCGUGCAGAUCCUGUCUGUAGGGAACCUUACCCCUCCUCACGUCAAGUAUAGCUACACAAAGUCGAACUUACUCACUUCGCCGAAUUAUUAUUGGAGAUUAGGCGAAUGGAGCAACUGCACGGAGUCAUGUAUUGGCGAACGGCAAAAGUCGGCUUACUGCGUCCGAGCCGACACGGGCGAGGCCACCAUCGACGAGAUGUGCCUCGCCCACCCGCGCCCCGCCACCGUCACCGAGUCCUGCGCCCACACCUGCCCUGCCAGCUGGACGUACAAGGAGUGGUCCGCGUGCGGGCUGAGCGGCGAGACGUGCCUCCGCCGGCGCGAGGUGAUGGGCUGCGUCUCGAGCCUCGGCGACAGCGUGAAGGAGAACCGCUGCGAGGAGGACCAGCAGGCGACGGAGGAAGUGUGCCCCCGCGAGGAGUGCCCCUACUGGCAGUAUCACGAGUGGUCGCCGUGCAAGUGCGCGAACGGCAAUACGAGCGGCGAGCGACGGCGCCUGUACUCCUGCCGGAUACGCGACCGCCCGAUCUCGAGGUGGCAGUGCGAGCAGAUGGAGGCGCCGAAGGACACCGGCAACUGCUCCUGCUGGUACGCCGAGGCAUGGAGCUCGCUGAACCAGGGCGGGCACUCCGAGCACGACAACCUGGUGGGCGGCGAGCACCACGACAAGCGGCGGCGCCAGCACCCGCGCCACCGCCACCUGCCGCCCGACGACGCCAACGACAUCCCCAACGCCCUGCCCGGCCUCGACGACAGGGACCUCGACGACAAGGACUUCCUGGACAACCGCGUGGACGGCGGCGGCCCCCGCUACGACGGGCGGCGCGGCAAGGAGCGCGGCGGCCAGCAGCCCUGGGCCCGCCCGCGCGGCUCCCACAGGGGCCAGCACCACAGCAGCGAGGAGGAGAGCAACAGCGUCGUGCAGGAGUACGACCACGACAGGCGCUACAAGAACAAGAACAACUGGCAGACCGGCGACUGGGGCAGGUGUUCCCGUGACUGCGGCGGCGGGCAGAAGAGGCGGCAGGUCGUGUGCAUGGGGCCGGAGGAGACGUGCCCGCUGGAGGAGAAGCCCGCCGACGUCGCCUCCUGCAACAGCGAGAUCUGCACCGAGUGGUCGACGGGCGGCUGGGGGCACUGCCACACGCGGAGGCCCCGCUGCGGGCGCGGCACGCAGCAGCGGCUGGUGGUGUGCCGCGCCGUGAACGGCGUGGAGCUGGCGGAGGAGCGGUGCCACCAGGAGGACCGGCCGACGCACGUGCGGCCCUGCAAGACGCCGUGCCACAACAAGGCGAGCGGCCGCGGCCAGCGCUACCGCUGGAAGACCGGCGAUUGGUCCACGUGCUCGGAGGAGUGUGGCCGCGGUGUCAAACAGCGCGAAAUUACCUGUGUAGACACGGGGGUGAACAUAAAUCACGGAGGUGUCUUGUCAGGGGAAGUGCAGGUUCAUAGCGAUUACUGCUUGCGGGAGGGCCUGUCCAAGCCCAGGGAGAAAAGGGGCUGUAACACGCAGCCCUGCUCCUUCCGCUGGGCCUCGUCCCCGUGGUCUGAGUGCUCCAAGUGGUGCGACGCCGGCCUGCAGUUCAGGGACGUCUCCUGCCACACCGUCAACGCCCUCGGCUGGAGGGACCCGGAGCCCGUGGCGCAGGGCUGCAGCGAGCGCAAGCGGCCGCGCAAUUCCCGCAAGUGCAACCUGGGCGACUGCGCGGGAGGCUUCUUCUGGAGGGUCAGGCCGUGGAAGCCGUGCCAAGCCUCCUGCGGCCAGAAGGGGCGGCAGAGGAGAAGCAUCUACUGCGUCGACGCCAACGAGCAGAAGACGAGGCGGUCGAUGUGCCCCAAGGAACACAGGCCCAAGAGGAGGCAGAAGUGCACCGGGCGGCCGUGCGGAUUCACGACGUGUGCUGAGGCUAGAGAGGCCCUCCAGGUGACGGUGGACGGCGAGUACUCCCUCCUGGUGGCCGGCAUGAACAUGAGCAUCUUCUGCCUCGGGAUGAACUCCACCAGCCCCACGGAGUACCUCACGCUGCCCGCCGGGGAGGAGGGCAACUUCGCGGAGAUGUACAAUAAGAUCCUGUUCAACCCCGAGACCUGUCCCCACGAGGGCAAGCGGCGCUCCGACUGCGACUGCGAGGUGGACGAGAGCGACCGGUCCGGCUACACCGCCUUCAGUAGGAUUCGGCUCAACACCACGUCGCUCUCCGUGGAUGCGUACGACUUCACCUUCGCGCGAGCCGUGGAGGGGCGCCGCCUCGUGCCCUACGGAGAGGCGGGCGACUGCUACAGCAAGGCCAAGUGCCCCCAGGGAGGCUUCUCCAUCAACCUGGCGGGGACGGAGCUGGCGGUCUCCUCCAGGACCACGUGGCUCAGCAAGGGCAGCCACGCGGCGCACUGGAUCAACAGAUUAGAUGAUAACCAGAGAAUCCUAGGGCGGUGUGGAGGAUACUGUGGCACGUGCACUCCCGACCCUUCCAUUGGCAUCAAGCUGGGUCUGAGGGACGGUUGACCCCCCGACCGCGUAGAGGCUUUGAGAAGGAUCAAAUACUACUCUUAAGGUGUUCUAUGGGUUCGUGCUCGUGUGUGUCGUGUCCUCUGCUAAGAAGAAAAGGGGAGGAAAAUGAAUGAAAAAAAGAUAAAAACGACGAUUCAAGUUGCUCAUUACGAGAGAAAGAGAGACUUCUUCGGGCGAUGAAACGUCCAGAAGGUUCUUGAUGUUGUGGUCUGAAGGAAAGACGUUUCGAGAGCGCCGGAAAACGCAGGAUCUAUUACCUUCAAGGCAUCUUCCCCUGACUGAAUGCUGCCAACAGAAAGCAAUAUAAACAGUGAGGUGUACUUGUAAACAAAGACAAUGAAGUUUAGAUGUAAGGCAACUUUUAGUGUAGCAGAAGUAAGACAAUAACAACCAAAUAUUUAAACACUGCCAUUAUGUUACAUGUAUGUAUUAAAAAAAAGUAAUAAUGAAGAUAAUAAUGAUAAUGAAAGAUCUAUGGAGAAAUCGCAUUGAUCUUAUAGCUCUCUUGUGUAAUAAAAGUGAUUCUGGAACACAGUCGCAGGAAUGCAUUCAAGGCAAAGAAAGAUUCCGAAAUCCACAAGCAAAAAAACAAAAAAAAAAAGAAGAAAGCAGGGUGGGGGAAAUGAUUACCUUCUGGCACACACCAGCCUUCCUCUGAUCUCAAGAUAAAAAAGAAAGGGAGAGUGUAACUAACCUUCGCUUUACGGUAGUAUGGUUAUGUAAAAAUUCGGAAGACUGACAAAGGGAAAUUUUACGUAAAUAUAAAAAAAGCAUGUCCAGAUUACAGAUAGUUUAUGCUAGACAGUCGAGAUGGUUUAGGUACAUUAUCACAAAGACUCAUUGUUUUGCUUUGUUUUUAGCCAUGUGAGUAGAAUGAACUAAGGCGUAUCACACACAGCCAAAUAGGAUUUGAACAUCAGUACAAAAAUACAAAGAUUGAAGGUUUUUAGGAAAAGAAUGAUUUUUAAGAUGACUUACAGACCAAAUUAAGGAAUGCAUUUUAAUGGAAACAUCUGUUGUAGCUUACGAGUGUCAAUUUGGUUCUUUUGACAAUAUUGGCGUAUUCCGAGUAAAUGGCGUAGUAAAAAUAGACAUUACUAAAUAUGAGUCAAAAAGGUCAAUGUAGCUAAAACGUCUUAGCUGGGUAGUUACUGUUAUCUUUCAUUUUGAUGUAUAUUUCUUAGAAUUUGCCUAAUAGAUGCUAUUGAUGAAGAGAUCAUAAUUAGAGUAAGGUGACUAUAAGUUUUAAGGUUGCAUUUUUCUUUUUUUAGAGAGAUUUAAUUUUAAGAUUUUGCACUAAUUACUGCAUAGAAAUGUGAACAUGCUUUGAGUGUACUUUGAGUCUGGCAUCUCAGGAACGGCUCAUACGUUUGGGAAUAGAUGCUGUUGCAGAGAGAGAGAAAGAGAAAAAGUAAAAGAGAGAGAUAUUAGCUUCAUGGUCUGCUUGCUGUGUAAUUUGACUUGUCUCACUUGAAGGAUUCUGUGAGCUGUCUGCAACAAGGAUUCCUAAAACAACCAUAACGAUAGCCCUGGUUGGCUGUGUGUCCUCCUCAGAUCGGUGUCUACCUUGAGUGUCCGUUUCAGGCAACGCCACUCCUCCUCUGCCAAUAGUAGUGCAUGAUGUGGCUGGUUCACGAAGCACCACUGAUUGACUGCCACUGACUGCUUUCUCUGCCUGGUUGGCCGACGACCGGACGGGCCCUGUUCUCUGCCGUGUCCCCUUGCUCCUGGUGUGUUUCUCUGAGAUCUGUUCCUCCUUGUAUAUGAAUAUAUAUAUUUGAUGUGGUGUUUGCAAAUGCCUUUGGUGUCAUGAGGACUGAGUGUGGUUCUUUUGGAAAAAAGGUAGCCUUAUUUAUUCAUUUUUGAUGGUAUUUAUGUAAUAUACACAUCGUUUACUUCUUUGUAUUACUACUAAAUAGACCUAGAUAAGUAAUGUGAAACAACACUGCCAUCAUUACAAUCUUUGAUCAUAAUGACCUAGCUCCUGCGAUACUUACACUGCCAGCUUUCCCUUCAAAGUGUCUCUCCUUUGUUUCCCCCAAUCACUGUCAUUCUCUCAAUUGGCCGUGGUCACGUGACCCCAUUUUCAUACGAAGGUCUUUUUUGGUCCAAUGCGCCGCUCCUUUGCCACUGCGUCCAGACAGCUACGUAGCUCCUGAUGGAAGUAUGACCCACUUCGCAGUCUCUUCUGAGGAGACUUUUACAGCAUAAGAAGUGGACCUACUCAUUACGUUUCUCCCGAAUGCUAUUGUUGAUGCUCCUCAUUCCCACCGUAUCUAUGCAUUUUUGAAUAGGAAGGAAGAAUAACUAUUGUCUUAUCAUCUCUCUGUGUAUCUUACGUGAUGCUAAGGUUUUGUUUGGGUAUGUGCCUCUCUUGGCUCGAUCAUUAUUUUAUUUUUUCCUCCACGUUGAUGGUGCCAUAUGAGAUUUCUUUCUUAAAUGUUUUAUUUCUUAGGUUAGCUUUAUAUGUCUUGUUUCUGUAUCUUUUUUGUUUAUAUAUAUAUAUAAGCUUUCAUGACCACACCAUGGACUAUCUGAACUUUUACUGAUAUGGGAAUUAACUUUUCAUCGGGACUGUGCAUUGCAAGAAUUUUUUUAAGAGUAACUUUUUUAGGCAGCAAAUUAAUACAAAAUGUGAAUCAGCAUUUUAGAAAUUAUGACACGAAUAUUUUGCAAAGCUCUUCCCUAAUUGCAAUGACUGUUCCUUAAGGUUGUACACUUGAGUGGUCAUCAAAGGUAGAUCUGAAAUCUAUGAUAUAUAUAUGCAUACGUAUAUAUAUCAUAAACUGUCAUUCAGGUCAAUUUUAGUUGUACGUGUUUAAUAUCUUAUGGUUGUUCUUUGAUCACUUUUUUAAUAUGAUUAUAUUUUUACUGAUAGUUCAUUUGCGAUCCGAAACACAAAUAAUAUGUUAUGUUUUUUUUUCAGUUAAUGGAUAUUUAUAACAGGGCAUAGAAGAGCAGGCUUUGAUUUUAGAAAGAUAUGUAUACUGUGACUGUUAUAUUCACGCAUAUGCACCUUGCACUCAUGCAUUCGACACUCGCGUGCGCAACAUGCUGCACACACACGAAGUGUUAUUGACAAGUAAAAUGUAUUGAAUUAUUAACUAACCAUGUGCUAAAAAGGGAAAUUUUAAUAAUCGUAGAGAAUAUGAUUGGUGAAUUAGAUUUAGAAAAUAGCGCAGGUUAUCGUACUUGACAUAAAUAUCCAUAAAAGAUAAAGCAAACGAGAUUGGCCUUGCACGACCAUUCCAACUUCAAUGACAUUUUACUCUAUGGUAGCUUUGUGGUUUUCUUUCUUUUUAGUUGUUACUUUGCUGUAUAUAUUGUAUAUAUGUGUACAUAUGUUAUACUGUUAGUUACAUGUAAUUUCCAGUGUUAAUCUAGUCAGUAUCUUUUUUUUUCAUUCUUUUUUUGUAUUUUUGGUUUCAACAUUUUUUUUUUUUUUUUAAUGGUGAUGGUAUACUCUUUCUCUCUCUCUGUUUUUGUGCAUUUCUUUUACUUUUUGAUAGCCUGCUUUGAAGAGAAAAUAUGUGAGGAUAUUGUAAGGAAUAACACAAAAUCCCAUAUUUUGUGAAUGGUUGAAAAUAUCGUUGAAAAUCUUUUUCCUGCACACAGCUAAAUGAGUAAUGUAGAAAGAUGAUUGUAUAACUACAUAUGAUAAAAAAUAGCACAAAAAUAGAAAAAAAAGCAAUUUAUAUUUCCUAAAAUGAGAAUCGUAAGGUUUCCAAAAUGCUCAUAUUUUGUAAUUUUGUAUGAUGGGAAAAGAUAUAUAUAUUUGUAAUAACCAUGUGCCGAAAAAAGGAUUAUUAUGCGCUGAUAUUAAUGGAAAUAUGUGGUGUACAUCUUUCCAAUAUGCAAUACAAUAUAUGACCUAUACUUCUUGUUUGAAGAAUUAUUUUAUUUAUUAUUUUUUUGUUUUCCACCAAAUCCGCAUUUCUCUCGUGUCUGCAAAUGAUGCAUGAAUCUCCUUUCGAAAUACUCAAACAGUUGUCCCAAACAAGAAGUAUAACGUCGCAAAAAUGCUAGGAUAAAAUUUGCGGUUAUGUUGAGUCCAUGUCGCUUCUACUUUUAUUGUUACUAACGGGAUAUGAUGGCCGAUGAUGUUCUCCGCCUUGUCUCCUUUUUAUUUUUUUCUAAUGAUUUGUAACUUAUUCAAUAAAGUGAUUUUCUAAGACUGGUGCCA